AUGCGUGGAAGAAGGAAAACUGAUGCUGGAGUCGAACGUUCAGACAAAAAGUUCGUGAACAAGAUGAGAGAUAUACCGGCAGGCCAUACCGUAAUCUUGGUAUCUACUGGGUUAGACGGAAUUUCGAACAAUCCAAAGUCAUGGGUUGAACUAAAGUUUGCAUACCCACACGUCAAGACACUAGUCGCUCUCGAAGAAAAAAGACAAGGUCCAGCCAUUGCACAAGGACCAGACUGGUAUACGACCACUCAUAGGAGAUUUCUGAUCUUCCCAUUAUAUCAAUUAAUCCUCGCCAUCAAUGGUGCCCUCACAGACUGUAACGCUGCCAUUUCCUUUGCAGCAUGCAUGAACGAAGCGUCGAUCAAGAGAGGCUGCCUUGCCGCGCUUGGAACGCGUGGCCGGAGUGGCGACCGGACGCAACAGUACGAGAGAGCAAUGCUGCCAUACUUAAGAUGCCCAAGAAAAGAUUGUGGGCUCACAUUGACCAGCUUUUCUUUCGAGAUACAUGCCAGAGAUAUGCACGGUCAUCGCCACAGAGGACCUAUAUGGGAAAAGGUUGCAUACAACAAACGUACACAUGGCUCAAUUGAACAUUCAGAUCUCUACAUUAGAAGAAGCGAGGUCUCAGAUGAGCCAGUUGCAUCAAUUGAUACAUCAUGUUCGUCUCCAAGCAACGUCUCACUUGGUCCAAAUACCCAUCAAGAUACUUCGGAUGACGAGCUAUCACUCAUGGAUCUGGAUCAAAACAACUCAUUUCCACAAUUGUUAGUCGCACAAUCCAAACAAGAGAUUACCCAUAAGUCAUUGCCUCUCAAGUCACAAUCAGUGGUCUCAGAAAAGAAGAAAUCCCGUAAGGAGAUCGAUCUAACUGAUGAAACCUCUAACGAGACUAAGUCCAAAGGGGAACUGGAGGCGAGGUCCGCAGUUAUUGACCUUUCUAUUCGCUCAUGUGUGGCUACCUUUAGAAUUGGGAAAUAUUCUGAUCGUACGAUCAAUGACGAUGCGUUAUUCUUGACUCUGUUGAACAAUAAAUGGGAAAAAUUACGACUGACUGAUCAAGUUAAAGUCUUCCUCUUCAAGGCUAUGAAGGCAAAAACCGAAUCCGUAAUUCGAGACGUUGACGCGGAGACACACUCUUUCCAAGAUAGUGAUCUCCCACUGCAGCACAUUCUAAGACUCAUCGCAAUCAGCAAAAUUUCUACUUGUGCAAAGAAGGAUAAAAUUGGCGCGGAAAUUGCACAAGUUAGAUGUGACUUUGAGUUACACAACUUGGUCGAGGAGGCUGGAAUAGCGGCUGAUCCAACUGAAAUUCUCAAGAAAGGGAAUCCUGUUGAUAUUCGGAAAGCUAUAUAUUACAAUAAAUUAGCUAAGAUGAACUUUUUGAGAAUAGAAGGAAGUCUAGUUAUUUGA